AUAUAUUCUAUUCUUGAGCUAGCACUGCCUUAACAAACUACACAUUGACAAUGCUUUAGUAUAUAUUCAGAGUAAAAGGAGAAAAGGGUAUCCAUUCUCUUUGUCAAAGCCAUACAAAGAUCAGUGAUCCAGCCAUAAGAAAAAAGGGUUAUCCUAUCUUUUCCAAGCUAAGUAAAGAUAGGAUAGGAUGUAUAGUGGUGAGAGCAACAACGAUGAUGGUUUCGGGCUGAGUUUGAGCCUGGCAAUGCAGUCCACCUACGGCCCGAAUAGUGGAUUCGAGCCAACCCAUUCUUUUCCUUUGAAUCUUUUGCACCCUCGUCUCUUGUCUUUCAUGCACCAAAAUGAUACUCUCAAGAAUCUCCCUACUUCCACUUCUGUUUCUGGUGUAGAAGAGAAAAGUGGGGAAGGGAGAAGGUACGAGAGAGCUGGGAUUGACAUAAAUCAGCCGGCACUGACGACGGAGUAUGAUGAACACGUCAUGGUCGCGUCGUCCCCGCGCAGCACGGCGGCUUCGACGGUGACCGGGAAGAGGAGCGAGAGGGAAUUUGACGCCGAGGAGGAAGCGGCGGCAGAGAUGACUGGCAGCUCCAUGGAUGAAGACGGCGGAGACGAGGCGGCUGCAGCCGCCAGGAAGAAGCUGAGGUUGACCAAGGAACAAGCGGCGGUUCUUGAAGACACCUUCAAGGGUCACUGCACCCUCAACCCGAAGCAAAAAGUGGCCUUGGCGAAACAGCUGAAUCUUAAGCCUAGGCAGGUUGAGGUGUGGUUCCAGAACAGAAGGGCAAGGACGAAGUUGAAGCAAACAGAAGUGGAUUGCGAGUACUUAAGACGGUGUUGUGAAAGGCUGGCGGAAGAAAACCGACGAUUAGUAAAGGAAGUGGGGGACCUUCGAGCGUUGAGACUACCGCCGCCGCCGCCGCCGCAAGGGUACAUGAACAUGACCCCUCCGACCACGCUCAUCAUGUGCUCGCAGUGCCAGCGCACUCGGCCGUCGCACUCCUCCUCCUGCGACGCCGCCACAUCUCCGCUCUCCACCACCGUCGCUUGCCACCCACAACAUCCGCCGCCAGCUCCUCUCAUGCAAUGGGCUGCAAUGCUCCAGUCCCAGUCCUCUUCACACCGCCAUCUUGAGCAGCUAUUGUAGCAAUAUUAUUGCAUGCAUUAGGGCGGCCGGAAUUAAUUAAUUAAAGUGAUCGAUUAUAAUGAGCGUUUCGUGUUUAUUUACUACACGUUGGAUAUAUUUAUAUAGCUUCCGAAUGUUGAAGAAUGAUAUACGAAGGAUAUGGCAGGCUAAGAUGCUAUCCAACAUACAUGCAUCCGAGCUAGUAUGUGUUAUGUGUACGUAUAGCUACUAGGUAGAAGAUCAAUUAAUUUUGUGUCUUUCGAUCAAUUGACUAGAUCGAGGAUUAGUUGUAUUAUGUUGCGGACUAUACUAAAUUGUAUUUAUUUAUUUUGGGAGAUCAAGCCAAUUUACUCAUUGUUACUAUCAUUCCUACUUUGAGUGCAUUUUAUAAAAGAAUAAUCUCUACUUGAUGAAUAAUAGGGAU